GAAGUCUACUUUCCGUUUGGAGAUGUAAAACAUCGGCAAUUCGUUUUAUCAAUGAAUAGUUGAUAAAACUAUAAACAAAUAGUUUAAAAGUCUGAAAGUGAAUAAUUCGUGGGUGAUUUUCAAUCAGGCGGAGAGUUCGAGGUUACUUACAUAAAGUUUGGGUAGAAGUGUCGAUACCACACAGAGCGAGAUGACUCGGAUGGACUACGAUGCCUUUGUGAUUUACAAUCCCGUGGGAGAUGACCUGGACUUCGUGAAGCUGCUGGUCAGUGUGAUGGAAGCCCCACCCUACAGCCUGAGACUGUUUGUCCCCUGGCGUGACCAUGCCCGAGAGGACCACUAUGUGUCUGCUGACCUCAUUCAGAACAAAUGCCGGAAGUGCAUAGUAGUAUUGUCCAAUAACUUUGCUAACAGCGAGAUGGCGGAAUUCCAGCUUAAGUAUGCCACCUCACUCUCCCCAGCCAACCUUCAAAACCGUGUGGUUCCUGUUUGUAUAGAGAAAUGCGACAUUCCCGAGGUUCUACGAUUCACGUGCACCUUACAGUAUUAUAAAACAGACACCAGACCCUGGUUCUGGCAGAGAUUGUAUAAGGCAUUCUUAAAACACGACAGAGAGGCGGAUCAACAGGUGAAAGAGGGGGUCAACUUACCAGAUAUCAUACUCGACACUUCCUGUAGAAAGAUCAAACACCACUGGUCCGUGACCUAACGUUCGGACACCACUUAACCGUGACAAAAUAUGAACAUUAAUUUGAAGAUCUGCAGUUGAAAACCAAACCCGUUCUUAAUUAAUGAAUUUUAUAUAUACCGGUACUUUGUGAAAAAAAAAAGAAAAGAAAGUUAAAUGUCCGUUUACACUUUGGACGUCAUUGUUUUACAUGUUUUUGUGUUAUUUGAUGAUUGUAUUAUAACUACCUCAUAUAGAGAAAGUGCAUAAAUAUAAGCUUUAUAUAUUUUUGUUAAUUAAAAUAUUUUACCCUUUUA